AUGGACUUAAGAUCACCUUCACUUUUAGAAAGGUAUCAAUUAUGUAGAGUUGAUAAUAAAUACUACCCAAAUUUCAAUAUUACCGUCAAGUAUCCAAUAUUUCAAAAUUAUGACUCCAAUCAAUUAUCAAUCUUACUUUCAAAUGCUAUUCAUCGAGUCAUUGAGAAAAACCCAAUAUUAGGUUGUAAUUAUUUUAAAACCAAUGACAACGACGAAGAUUAUAAAAAUUAUAUGAUACGAGCUAUAGAUAUUAAAUAUGAUGAUUUGAUAGUGAAUGAGUCAAGUGAUAUAGAUGAGGAAUAUUUUACAAAUUUGAAUGAUAUUUUUUUGGAAAUAAAUGUUAAUAAACCAUUAUGGAGACUUAUCAUUAACAAAAAUUAUCUUACUAUUGUUUGUAGUCAUAUUUAUUUUGAUGGGAACAGUGGAUGUUUCUUUCAUAAAGAUUUAAUGGAAGAAAUCAAUAUAUUAAAUCAAAAAAAUCUUAAAGAUUUACCCAAUUUAGAGCUCAUUUCAAGAGCAGAAGAUAUAAAGUCAGUUCCUCCUUCAAUAACAGACACAAGCUCAGUUUUUUCAUUACCAAUCAUACAAACAAUUAAAAAUCUCACAAGUAUCUAUAUUCCAUGGUUCAAUGAAACUACAAAAUAUCCAAUUUUCAAAACUACCCCAAUAUCAGUCGAUCAAAUAUUAAAUAACAGAUUCAAAAUACUUAGAAUCAAUUCUCAAAAAUUAUCAAAGUUGCUAACUUACGUAAGAUCCAAUAAAUUAACUUUAACACCAUUCUUAGCUGCUAUAUCUUUAAAAAUUUUACUGAAAUAUUAUCCUGAAAAAGCAUUAGACGUGACUAUUCCAUUGAACGGUAGAAAAUACGAUCAAUCAAUAGACAAGUAUCAAGGUUGUGUUGCAGAAUCAGUUAUAAAGUUAGAUCCACCAUUUGAUAAUAUAGAAACCAGUGGAAAAAUAUCAACAAAACUAACUAAAGAUUUGGAAUCAAGAAAUCCAUUUUAUCAGGUAGCUUUAUUAAAAUUAGUCAACAUCAAGGAUUUCUUUAGACAAAGAAUAGGCUCAUAUGGUAGACAUACAGUUGAAUUAAGUAACGUUGGGAAAUUACCAUUUGAAGAUUGUUAUUUCAAUCAAGGGUGUGGGUUUGGUUGUCAUUUACAAUUAAAUGUUGUUAGUGAUUUGAAUGGAAUGAAUGUUUUGUUUGGUUGUAUUGAAGAGAUUGAAGAUGUUUUUUAUAAAGUUGUUGAUGAUUUUGAAAAAGAAAUUGAGCUGAUUGUGUCUGAGGUUAAAUAA